GGGCAUAUUUUGAAUCUUCCCGAAACUUCUCAAUUUUUCGAAUCUUCUUCUCGAACCUUUCUGCAAAUCCAUUUGCCCCCCAUAUAUAGCAGUCGGCCAUGUACCCUGUUCAUCAUCGGAGACAUUUUAUCUGCAUUUGCGCAAGAGAAGGUCAUCUAUUCACUCGAGAAAGUUCUGUCUGUGCUUCUCCUGAUCUAUUUUCUUCUAGAAUUUUUUUGAAUCCUCAAUUGUAAUGGAGAGUCCCUUCUUUAGGAAUCACUGGAACUACCACCCUCAACGCCCUCGGUAUGUUCCUAGCAUGAUGGAAAUUCCGGUGCAUCGGCGAACUGUGCCGGUGGUUCCGAAGGUGGUUUCGAUUCCUGUCCGUUUUGUUGAGUCGAAGAAGAGCAGAUCUGACUCGGCCACCAAAAUCCAGAAGGUUUUCAGAGGUUUUCUGGUGAGGAAGAGCGUGAAGAAGGUUGUGGCGAUUGAGAGAGAAGUAAAUGAGAUACAGAGGAGGCUUUCGAAUGAAGAGACUGUGGAUUUGAUUCGGAAGGAUGGUAAGGAGAGAAUUAGGUUUGGUGAGAUGCUGAUGAGUUUGCUGUUUAGGUUGGAUUCGGUGGAAGGCGUGGAUAUUGGAAUUAGGAAUUUCAGGAAGGCAUUGAUCAAGAAGGCUAUUGCCUUGCAGGAGAAGGUCGAUUCAAUUGCUGCUGUGGAUGAAGCUACUGAUUUCGUCCAUGAGACUCUUGAAGCUGCGACUGCCAAAUGUGAUUCUGAAGCUGCUGAUCGGAGCUCAGGAAUGAAUAUUUCUGGUGCAAGGGAAAUCGGCGCGGAAGAAACUCCGGAUCUCAAGGAUAGAAUUCCAGAGCUUGAAGAUGAAAGUUGUACUGCAAAAAUGGCAAACAGCGAACCAGUUGACGGUGGUGAUGAUGAUAGAACAGAAAUUGAAUCUGUUGAAUAUGCGGAUGAUUGCAAUGAGCGUGGAAACGUAGAUGAGGUAGCAUUAACGCCUCGUUACACUGAAAAGGAGGGAGCAAUUAUGGAGGAAUCUACGGCUUGUUCUAUGGAAUCGAAUGCUGAUCUGGAAGGUCCUGAUGCAGAUGAUGAUAUACCGAAACCUCAAGUUUCAGAGCAAGGCAAGAACUCGCCAGGAAAAGAUGAGGUGCCUGCAGAAGUUGACAACGACAUGAUGCAUAGGGAGGUUGAGGCGGCAGAACCUCAAGUUUCAGAGCAAGGCAAGAACUCGCCAGGAAAAGAUGAGGUGCCUGCAGAAGUUGACAACGACAUGAUGCAUAGGGAGGUUGAGGCGGCAGAACCUCAAGUUUCAGAGCAAGGCAAGAACUCGCCAGGAAAAGAUGAGGUGCCUGCAGAAUUUGACAACGACAUGAUGCAUAGGGAGGUUGAGGUGGCAGAAGAGUACGCCGAAAUGAGUGACGCUGAAAGUCAGACGGAUUCGUCUAAUAACCCACCGAACUUAGACAAUGUGGUUGCAGAAUAUGGAGCUGUGGAUCAAAGGGAGGGCAGUGGAAAUGAAGAGGAGCCAGUAGACGAAGAAGAAGAAUAUAGCAGAGUGAAGGGAGGAGAAGAAGAUGGGGAGAGUAGAGAGCUUCUUGAGAAGAUGAUGGUGGACAACAAGAGAAUGAUGGAGAUGAUGGCGCAGCUGUUUGAAAAGAACGAAAUGCAGUCACGAUUGUUAAGCUCACUGUCCCAUAGAGUUGAGCAGUUAGAGAAGGCACUUGUUCUUGAGAUGCUAAGAAAGAAGAAGAGGAGGAACAGCACAGAUUUCUCCGAAAAAUGCCCCAAAACAAAGAAAAGUGGUAAAUGAUGACAGUAUUAUGAUCAGUUUACUGUUGCUAAAAUUUGUAAAUGCAAUUCUUUGAGUUAUUUCAUUGCAUGCUCACUUGUUGCUGUUUCUGAGCUGCUGGCACCUUCUGCAGUAUAUGCUGUUCCGAUUUUACUGGUUCUGUCAUUUGAGAGUUGUAGUAGAGUAGACUUUUAACACACCACCAUGAAAGCAGUUCCGUUUAUUACACCUUCCAUGAACUGACUUGUGUAAAAUCUGUUGGAAAAGAGGUCAAAUAAAUCUACUUUUUGCUUGAAUUGAAGGGCGUUUGAUCGUAUCACAUGUAACUGGGUCCCUCUGCUUCAGAUCAUUGUUUUCGUAGCCUCAAUCUGAUUAGUUCAGUUAUUUACAAGACAUGUGAUCCGUAGCUUUAUCCCACAACUUUUUAUUGUUGUGGUCUCUUCUUUCUCAUCAUUCUAAGCUUGCUUGGACU